ACACGCACCGUCGCCGCCGUCACGCGCACCUGCAGCUGCCGGGACAUCAUAACGUCCAGGCCGGUCGCGCCGCCAACUCCCGUGUCGCCGAUGUGUCCGCGUCUUCGCCGUCCCAAUAACAGCCGAUACGCGCUGAGUGCGACUGUAGUACCUGCCGUGGCGCGCGCCUUCGUUUUAUAAUAACAUUGUCAAUUCGCGUCGACCUGUGUAAAUCGAUUGCCGCCAUAAACCGCUAUUUGGGUAUUUUUAUACUUACAACAGUCGUCCGCGGACACAAUAUUACCUGUUACCAUGGAUUUCGGAUCGUAUGCUAUCGUAAUCGUAAGUCCAGUCACAUGUAUAAUAUUUUUAUUAUCUAAGGCCGUUUGCGAAAAAAUCGCGGACUUUUAAGUAUACGGAUUUUUGCUUUAAGGUGUCCGCUCAAUUUGAAAUAUUUUUUGUAAUUUCCGAAAAUUUGUCUAAAAAGUUCAGGAAAAAUCCGACAACAAUUAUUAAUGUCAGUACACACAUGUCUUAAUUUUUGUUGAUUUCUGGGUUACCUGUGGGACCUGGAUUUCUGGGCUGUACAAGGUGGAAAAGCACGAAUUUCUCAGUACACUAUUCCGUUCAGAAUUUUUUUUUGUUUUUAUUGUAAUAAUUUAUUGUUUUUCUUUUGAUUUAUAAAUUAAGUUACCUAACAUGCAUAAUAUAUCCUAAUAAACUUACCAUCUAUUUUAGAAAUGGUCUGUCCGUGGUGUAAAGUAUUUAGGGUUUAUUUUACAAGUAAUUAAAUAGGUUUUUAUACGCAUAGGUAUAUAUUAAGAACAUAGAUUCUACUAGGUUAUGAAUGAAAAUCUGUUAUUUUAUUUGUUUUAUCACGCCUAUCAAAUUAGGUAUGGGUGAAAGUUUUGUUGUCUAAACCUAACCUAGCCUAACCUAAUCUUGUUCCUCUGGAAUUGACUUGUAGAUUUCGAACAAACACAUUAGUAAUAACUUCGCGAGUACUUUUUUUACACAUUGUCAAACAAUUGUUGGCUAUUUCUGUUUAAAUAUUUCUAUUAAGUAUACUUGUGAAUAUAUACAAAUACAAAUAUAUUUGUAAUGGAAACUUUUACAAAAAAAUUAACAGGGCAUUUUAGUGAAGAAAAAAUGAAAUUUAAUUGCAAAAAAUUAUAUAUUUUGUGUAAAUUAUCAAAGGUGGAAUAAAGGUGUUGCUCAUAUGUUAAUAUAAACUAAUAAAUGUAUUAUAGAGUGAAAAUUUAGCACGGGAAAAAACCGAUUAAAUAAUAUUUCUUCAAUUUAAAAUACAUUUCUCUAGUUAUACGCUAAUUUUUGUAGGUUUUUUUAUGAUAUAAUACAAACCAGUAUUUAUUUAUUUUUUUCUGUUAUAGUAACCGUCUACGUUAAACUAAUUUACAAAAUACGCGUAAUAUUUAAAGCCAAUAUAUCUGAAACGAAUAUUUUUGUCACCUAUAUUAUAAUAUUAUACCUAAUGCAGUUGGUAUACGAACAUACAGGAACACGUUCUACUACUGUUACGUACAGACUUGGCAAGAUUUACUUAUAAUAUAGUGGUAUUGUGGUGAUAUUAAUACCCGAGUAAUAUUAUGUUUUGAUUAUCAUUAUGCAAUAUUAUGAUGCGAUUAUUCCAUUGCGAAUAUAUUAUUUUUUUUUUUUUUUUUGUUUUGCUUCCGUACCAUCACACCUAUUUUAUAUUUUACCGAAAUAAAAAUAAUAUUUAUAUAUUAUUAUAGGUAUGGUAUACAUUAUUAUCUGAAUUAAAUCCACGUAUAGACCUUGUUAUAUGCAUAUAUAUAUAUAUAUAUAUAUAUGUAUAAAAGUUGUAGCGAUAUACAACAAUAUGUGUGUUUCAAGGUCAAUUGUUUAGAUUUGGAGCGUAUUUUUUUUUAUAUAUACGUAGUAAAUAAUUGACGAAACAUCGGGUAAAACCAUAGUUCACUUAGAAUUUGUUUGUUGAUUCUGCUUAAGAUUUACGUAUAGAUAGUGGCGCCAUCAGGAUUCAUUUUCAAAGGGGUUGGGGGAUAGGGGAUUAUGAAUUUUAAACAAAUUUCCAGACAUAUUUUAGGAUAACGAAUUACUAAAUAGGUGACAUGCGCGACGUGCACGUAUUUAAAAAUUCUAAAUAUCUGUGAUUGUAAAUUAUAAAUUUUAAUACUAAUGAUGCAACUAGUAUACGUAUUUAUAUGAAUUCAUCUGAAAAUAUUUCGGAGGAGGUGAUAUAAACGCCUACCCCUGUUCCUGAUUGCACAACUAUAUGUAUGGGAACGAACAUAAUGAAGAAAAUGUAAUUUUCGUAUUUUUUAACGACGAAUUCCCUGUGUAAGCCUCCUGUUAGUUAAGAUGAUAAAAUUUUCAAAAAUCCUUUUUCAUCUCACCCCCACAUCAAGAAAGACGAUAAUAUACUAACAAAAUUCAAGUCUUAAGGUCUAGAAGUUUGGUCUGGGCAUUAAUAUUUGAAUUGGGUCAUCUUCUUCUACAUACAUAAUUUAUACGUAUACAUAAUUUUUGAAAUAAAAUAUCAAAUAACGAUUUUUGCGACAAAAUUAUUCUUAUAGUUUUUAAUCUACUCCCAUCUAUAAAAAUGAUAAUCUCAGUUUCGAAACGAACUUAGAAUAAUCCAGAAGCACUUAUAACCUACCCAGUGCCCACUACUCGUUCACUAAUAUUUUCAACUAUUUUUACUAAAUUAGAAGUAAAAGCGUAUUAAUACUUAGUUUGUUUCAUAUUAAAAUAUAUUAUUAUUAUAAAAUAUAUAUAUUUGUUUCAUAUUUAAAUCCUAAAAAAAAUCGAGAAGCAAUCGCUUCUCAAAGAUCACGUUCGUUCGUAAAUGGGUAAGCUACAUGUAGGUAUGUGUAUUUAUAGGACCUUCAAAAUACGUAAAAUAAUUAAAUGUGUGUAUUAUCUUUAGAAUGUCAUCUGCGUAUUAGUAACCGCGACAAGUUAUCCAGUGAAUUUAUUUCUACAAUAAUAUUUGAGAUAGUCGCAUAAUUAGUUAAGAUUGUAAUUACAAAAUCGUGUUUAAUUAUUGUUAUAAUUUUAUUAUUAUUUAUAUAUAUAAAACAAUGGACAAAUGGACAAUCCUCAAAUGUUAUUAUAUGAAAAAUACGACAGAUAGGUAAACGAGUAAAAAUUAUUCAGUUAACGCAAUAAUUAAUAAAAUAUUAAUAAUGUUUUACACGAGUUUUAUUUCUUGGCGUACUAUACGUAUAUUGUACGGUUGCUGUACCUUUAAAACAAGUCUAACUGGCGCAGUUUGCCGCAAUUCUCGUAGAAUUUCCGCAUAAAAAAAAAAAAAAAAAGUGUACAAACACUACAAAUCGAAUUAUCAUAACAUUCAUAAUAUUUUAAUGUAAUUUAAUUUAUCAUGCCUCGUUCUGUAGUGGUCUUACAUCUCGUAAAUAAUUCAAAAGAUUAUACCUACCUAUGUCUGAACAUUAAUUAAUUCAUAAUGUUACCUAUAGGCAAUGUCACCCAGCCCCGAUGCGAUAUUUCAAUUAAUACCUAUACAUUAUUGUUAUUAAUAAGACUGAUAUUUAAUUAAAAGUCCGGCUAUAUAUAAUCCGUCUGAUGCAAUUUUUGAUUCGGAAAGUUAAUUGAUCUCUGUAUAUUACCUAUAUAGUCGGAAAUCUAUAUUAGUUUAUAAUAUAAUAUUAAAACAAUCGACUUAUUGUUUAUGGAUACGAAUUCACACCUCUAGCAAUCUCGCAGGAAUGUUAAUAAACCAUAAGAUAUUUUAACAAUGUGUUAAAUUUAAUGUUCUUGCGUUAAAUUCCUAUUGUUUUUUGAGUUGUGCAGGUACUUGGCUCCGCUAUACCGAUAACAUUUCGGUAGUCAAUAAUAUAUUUAUCUUUAAUAUUAAUAUCUUUAGAUUUUAUUAUUAUUAUUAUUAACUCUAUAUCGUUUUAUAGAUCUAAUUAUACUGGAUUAUAUUACAUUAUAUAUGUAUAUAUAUAUAUACGUACCCGCGAACAAAAGUCCUUGGGACUAGACUGCUGCAGUUCCACCACGAUUUAACAACUGAAAUGAUAUUAUACAAAUACCCGUAUAUAAGCCCUAUAAACAUUAAAAACACGGCGGCCCGAAGGUUCACUUUCACCAAAACAUUAUAUAUAAAUAAAUAUAUUAUGUGUAUUGAUUAUUCAUCAUGAUCUAUUGCUAAAUUUCUAAAGUUCUUUAUACCGUAAGUAUACUGCAGGUACUAUAAUACUAUUAUCGUAAUCAGUUCUCGCAGCAGUUUGUAAUGUUUGUACAUAUAAAUAUCGAUGUGGAUACUAUUAUAAUGUAUAUUUUUUUCCGUUCGAAAUAUUCGCAAACGUUAAAAUUUUGAAGGAAGAUACAAAAUACAACGUGUUUUAUUAUAAACACAUUAAGUGUAUACAACUACCAAGUGCAAAAAUAAUAAUGUAUAUUCGGUAAUACAAAUAAGUAUCUACGGCAAAUAUGACUGUGCAAAUUAUUGUUGUUGUUUGAUAAUAUUAUAAGACAAUAUCCUUGAAACGCUCCCUAAUUUGUAAUCUGUAGAGUGGUGUAUUUAUUCGGAAAAUAUAUUUUGAUUCAAUAAAGUUUUUGUGCGUAUGAGAAAACUUCAAGGAUUUUCCCAUUACUUAUAGAUACUUACUUUUAUAUACUUAUCCCAGCGUUCACUAUCCCACGGAUGAUAUUACUAUAUUACGCUUCAUUGAUAAUAUAUUUUUUUUUCGUACAGCAUAUUGUAUUAUAAUCCAUGCUAAAGAUAUAAUAUUUUCAAUGGGAUUUCCUAAAACGCUGUAUACCUAUUACAAGAAUAUUAUAAUAUGCCGACGUUGAAUUCAACAAUUUUUCUCCUCGUCAAGACAAAAAGACAAAAAAAAAAACGAUUUAAAUAUUAUGUUUUCAUGGUACAAGGUCAACGUAAAUUAAGAGCAUUUAUUAUUAUAAUAUUUGCGUCUUAUUUUGCGAAUCCGCCUUCGGACGGACAUCCCACGUGGAUGCCGGGAGGGUACCGCUUUUGGACAUCAUGCAUGCCACGGUAAUGUAACAUUGACAUUGAUAUAGUUUUAUAACUGAAAACAGUUUUGAGUUGCAACAAUACAUACCUAAACAACACAACAUAUAUAGGUGCGUACCUAUACUAAUUGCACAAUCCCUGUACAAGGACAAUUUUAUGCAUGAGAAGAGGUGUAUUUUUAUAUACAAUUCAUAAUUUACAAGUUGGUACGUACAUAAAACAAUCGAAUAGAAAUACGCGUGUUUGAAUUGAAAUAAUUACCUAGUCAUAUUGAUAUUUGCUGAUAUCUUUAUUUAAAUUCAAUUUCAAUCGUCGAACGGGUACCUAAAUAAUUACAGUAAAAUCGUCGAUAUAAAUAAUAAGGAAUAUAUUAUUAAAUUUAUGUAGUUAAAUAAUGUACUUAUUAUUAUUAUUUAAAUAUAUAGGUAUACAAAAGGAGUUGUAAUUUCCCCUUCCUUGUAUAGAUUAUAUGUUUAUUUUAUUUGAAUCGUUUUCCUGCGCGGGAAUGUGCGGCCUAUCUUAAACUCGUAUCAAAUUUUAAUUGAAUAACCAUAUCAAUUUGAUUUAAAAUAUCAAUUUAAGGAUUUUUUCAGGAAUUUUUUAUGUUAUUAAGUUUAUCAGUUUUAAUGUUUUCACUUUUCGUUAACAUAUAUUACGAACACUGACAUAAAAUAUGUCUUAAUAUAUUUUUGCAACUUUUAUAACAAAACUAGCUAUCCCGCCCGGCGUUGUCCGUGCCAAAUGAUGUGUAACAAAAACGAUUUCCUCCUAGAUUUCUUGUUUCAUUUUCCGUCACUAUUACUGCAGUUAACCGUUGUUGCUCUACAAUAAAAUUAACAAGUAAUAUUUAGUGGGCACCAUAGAUACGUUGUGAUCAUAGAUACUACAUAAUCAAUAAAAAUAAUGAAAGUAUUACUACCAAAAUAACCCAAUCAACAAAAAUUAUACCACAAAAUAUCAAAAUCCCUGUUUCAGCUAUUCUUUAGAGAUUUUAUUUAAAAAAAGGUUAAUAGCUAUAAACCUUCUCCGAACUACGCGGAAUAUUUUGCAAAAAACAUCGUUAAAAUCCGUCCAAUAGUUUUUGAGUCUAUAAAGGACAUACAGAUAGACAGACAUUAAUUUUUAUAUACAUAGAUUGUUGCACAUUAUUACAAUCAUCAAUCAUCGAACAAUAAUAUUUUUAAAAUUAUCUGUAUUUUGUAAAAAAUAUCACUCCAGCUCAAUAAAUUGUAUUAAAAUAUUAAUAAAUAUGAAAAAUACGUCUUGGUACAUAGAUAUGAGAAAUUUUGCAACUGAUCGAGUUGUCACGAGUAUAUAUAGGCAUUCGAACGGAUAGAAGGACCCGAAUUGAUUAGUAGGAACUGUCAAAUUACUGUUGUCUCUACGAAUUUGGGCAUCUAUACAUACGUAAUAACGUGUUUAAAAUUUUUAAAAAAGUUACAAAAUAUAAUAUAAUUCCCAUUAGUUAUGACUCUUUUGCCUAUACGUAUAUACUUGUGUCUUAGCAGAUUUUUUAAAUCGGAGAAGUUUAUGUAUGAACCUUGUGAACAUUUUUUUAGAGAGCUUUCGGCUUAGUAUUGCGAAAAAUUCUUAAAAUAAGCUCUGGUACCCAGGUAUCUAUUUCAUACGGUAUAAACAUUAAAAUUGGUGUCACUAAUAUAUAAACUCCAAUGGUUUAAAUAUAUUAUUCAACAUCGUAUUAGAAUAAUUUGAAAAUGUCAAUGUACCUACUUAGACAUAGGUAUAAUAUAUAGAACUAUUAUCAUUUCGAAAACAAUAGGUUUCCGUGUUUUAUUUUUUAUUUUUUAAAUUGAUUAUUAUUUCCUUUUACACCAUGGUCAAAUAAUUGAUUGCUAAACGGAUCCGGUUAUAAAAUAUAUAUAAUAUACUGAUCAAAGAGUAAUUUCCGUUAAAAAAAUAAUAGGUUAAAUUAUCUGAUUAGAUAUACACGACUACUAAAUUUCAGAACGAUAAUAAUAUUAUCGCAACGCAUAUCGCUUGAUUAGAAUUAAAAGAACGUAUCAACUAAAAGCUAAUUUUUUCUUUAACAAUAUUGGCUAUUUUUUUUAAAAUCGAUUUAUAAUACACGAAUUAUACAUUUUAAAAAAAAUGUGUGUAAUAAAACGGUUCUCUGGAAAAGUUACAUCUGAUUGAUUCGUUCCUCUAAUUCUAAGUCGAAAUUAUACUCUUAAUCAAUAAUAAUUAUCAUGGUACUUUAUUUUACAUUCAAAAUUUUAUUCGAGCAACACAUUUUAGUGAAUAAAUACACUACGUAUCCACUUACGUUUCUCCCUUCAAAAGUUAAAAUAAACAUGUCCACGAGUAUAAUUAUACCUAACCUCAAAACUAGUAUAUAAAAAGUAUGUAUCAAUAACUUGCUAUUUAUUCUAGAGGAUAGUUUGGCCAUAUAAGGAAAAAUAAAUCGGAAGCAGUAAAAAUGAUAUUGAAAAAAACCGAGGAUGGAAGAGGGGAAGAGAAAAGCCGAAAAAAAGGUGGUUGUAUGCGAUUGAGAAUAAUAUAUGAGGAUGUCAUCAGUAGGACGAUAUCAAGUAAAAGUUUAGGAAAAGAAUGGCCAACCUCAAAUAGUUGGGAUGAAGGCGAAAGAUUAUUUUAGUGGAUACAAAGUAGACGAAAAUCUUUGUCCACUGCAUGGUUUCUAAUGGACUGUGCCGUGUUAGCAAAAAGCAUAAUACUUCUCGAUCAAAAAAUCACCGUUUGAUAAUAAUAAUAAUAAUAAUAAUAAUAAUAGAUAUUAAUGGUUGUUAAAAAAUAUUCUGUAUAAUAAUAAUAAUAAUAUGUAACGCGGUUUUCCAGUCGAGUUGAAGCAAUAAUAAUCUCUCGCGUUCAUAGUAAGUAGUCGACAUUACGUGCUCAAAACGUGUGAAACUGCAACAGUAUUGCCCCCAUAUAGAAACACUAUAUACGAGGUGGUUUUGUACAAAAAAUCUAUUGUUUUAUCGAUAUUUAUGGUGAAAAAUAUUUUAACGCCAACGAUGACCGGAUAAUCGUGUAUAAUUCUGUUGAAUACGUAUGCGUACCUCCUAAUCUCUCGCACUUCUGACCGCAUGAAAGAAAAUAGCCGUUCGUUUUAAAAAAUGAAUCUAACUGUAUAUAAGUACUAGUAGAAUAUUAUACUCAAUAAAGCAACGACACGGGUGUUUGACACGUAAUAAUAUCAUUGAAGACGGGUAAUUAAGAGGCCGUACCAGUUGCACUAGCAGUCUCUGUAGUCUGAGCAGUAAUACGUUGACGAGAAACGAACGAAAAGGCUUUCAAAAUCAGCUUUAGAAAUAAUACGUCUAUUAUAAAACUCGACUAGGUACGUUUUGAAGACUAUCUCGUCGGCGUUUUACAAUAAUUACAUAUUACGUAUUAUACAAGUACUCUAAAUAUUCAACGCAAUAAAAAAACUAUCUAAUAAUUAAAAUUUUAAAAUAAGUCAGUAAUUAUAGUAAAUAUUACAAUAGUAUUUUACAUCUACAUAAUUUUAUGAAUAAAAUGUUAUUUCGGCUUAUUCGAUUCGUCUAUGUGUCGAUAUUAUAAUACCUAUUAUGGGCAUGAUAUUUUUUUUUACAUCUUAUAUUUAUACCGUAAUCGUCGUUCCCAAAAAAUGGUAAACAACCGUCGAAUCGGCCGAGACGUACUGAAAUGUGUCUCAUUAUUGAUAACGUUUGCAUACCGGUGUGAACGGGGGGGGGGGAUGGGGGAUAUAUCACGAUGUAUUACCGAAAGUAAAUACUCGAAAGAGACAUGUCUCAGUGUGAUAUUUUAUAAAAAUAAGUAGCUUUCUGGCCACGGUUAAUGUGGUUAAUCUUUAUAAUGAUUUGUAAUAAAACGUCAACAUAUAUUUUAACAAUAUUAUAAUGAUAUAUUUGCAAUGAAACAAAAUACGUCCUAGGAUAAUAGAGAUAGGUGCAGCCACUGUUAUAUGUAAUUUAAUAUAUGUUAUGCAACAAUUAACCAUUAACGAUUAAUCACAAAAAAAUGAUUCUGAGCGGAAUUCAGUUAAUAGUGAUGCUUUUUCAACAAUAUAUAUGUCAUACUAUGGUAAAAUAAUUCAAUAGACAUUUUAUACUAUCUUUAAUAAUAUUUGUUUAACUUAGUGAUUUUCCCAUUUUUCUUACGUUUUUCCCGGUUUUCCCAUGUUUUUUCCUGGUUUUUCACAUUUGUUAAGAAAACUUGAGAAAAUCGAAAGAUGACUUCCUUAAAGUACCUCACCAGUCAAAUUGUCUUUCAGAAACAUUUCUAUCAUUAUAAAUUAGAGCAAAAUUACUGGUAGAAAAGUUGUCCACAGAAAAAAAUAAUCGUAAAAUUUUACCAAUAUAUUUCGUACAUUUUAGCGUUUUUUUUUUUUCGGUUUUUCACAUUUGUUGAGAAAACUCUUGAGCAAAUCGAAAAAUAAUUUCGUUAAAGUACCUCCCGAUAGUACUACCACAUCGAUUUCCUUUCAGAAAAAGUGCUACACGUAAAAAUCGGAGCAACACCUUUGGUAGAAAAGUUGACCACAGAAAACAAAAUAAAAAUAAAACGUAUCUUUGUAAAAUCAUGAAUUUCUUCGCUCCACUCAGAAUCUAAAAUCGGAAAAUCUAGUUGAAUUUUAUUCAAAUAUACAGAUGUUUUACUUUAUCCAUUUUUUUUUAACGAUACGCAAUGUUUCAAUAAAAAUAAACAUUCUUCCUUUAGUCGUCUACAUUUUUCACGCGCCGCCACUAAAUCGGGAUAGCGUUGCGCGCGAAUAUGACGUGAUGAUCGUAUUCCGUGCAGGUCCGGGACCGUUCUGAUAUGCCGUGCGCGGUCUGGGUCGCGUCAUCGGAAGUUCCGCUUUCAAUUUCCGCCGCCCGGUAGCUGGUGACCACCGGUAGAGGGAACUCGGCGGCGGCGUCGAUCGAGUCUGCGGGGACCGGUUCCGGGCGGUCCGUCACGGCACGGUCGUCUGUGCGGCUUUCAUUCGUCACGCGACAACCGGUACGUACAGGUACGCGCGACGACAUCACCCGCGCACAUCACCACCACCACCGCCGGACCGGUCGUUUUUCCGAUCGAUUUUUGUAUUUUAUUUUCAUUUUACCCGGCGUAAACGCCGACACGCUUUUAUAAUAUCCGUCGCGCAAAAUAAUUCCCGUUUCCGCGCCGUGCGUUUUCCGAUGGGAUCCGAUUAGCCGACUGUGCCCGUAUAGCUGCUGCUUUGCCGUGACGCCCCGCACAGGGACCAUGCCGACCCGGAUCCCCGAAGUGUCGUGGGUCACGCGCCUGACGACCGUCUUCUUCUGCGUGAUCCAAGUGAGUCGAAUCUAACACUUUAAUUGCGUUCUUUCCGCAAUAUUCGCACUAUUGCCAGACGGUAUAGUAAAUCGAAAAACCGUCGGAUUUUGGGAACAAAAAAAAGCAUUUUUAAAUCACAUGACCAAAUUCACUAUUUUUUGUUUACUAAAAUACUCACCAAACAAAUGAUAGAACUAUAAUGCAGUAGGUAGUGUAUUAAUUUGAAAUACUACAUUAUUGCAUUUGUAGCAGUAUUUUUUCUCGACACCUUAUGAAAUUGUCCCGUUCAACUCGUUUGAUUUUGUAGUUGCAUUUUUACUAUAGGUAAAAUGACAUAAAUCAAAUUCGUACUUUUUGAGUUACAACACUACCGUUGUCCGUUAUGAUGGUGUGUUAUAAUGUUACCGGAAAUACUGUAAACAUAGUCAAUAAAGAGAUUGAACCAAUUCGUAAUAUACUUGGGCACGUUGGACAAUACCUUUAAUGAACACAUUAUAUUUAUGAGUUUAUGAUGACUUUAAUAAAUCAGACAAUGCUAUAAUUUUAUAAACUGAAUAGGUAUAGUCGUUAUAACAUUUCUGAUUAAAUCGCUCAGCUAAUGUUAUAUCUGUUAUACAUUUGACCGAUGAGAUAUUUUUCCAAAAAUCUGAUAUCGAUGACACCGUUUUCUUCUGCCAUCUAUUUUCCUAUAGUAAUAAUAUCAAUAAAUCUCGACCAUUUUCCUCCAUUACCAAACUAAGGAAUUAUCUAAUAAUUUGUAAGUCUAUUUCAUAUUCUGGUAAAUAAUAUUUGUCUGAACAUGUCUAUAUCCAAACCAAAACUAUAUACUAACAAGUUAAUAACUUGGGUGAUUUUAAAUUUUAAAAAUUAGGUAAUAUUUAUUAUCAUUAAUUUUAUGGCGAUUUGCUAAUUUCGAAGUUUGUUAUUAUAUAUCAUUUAUCAUUUUUUGGCAAUUAUUUAAAGUCGAUCAGAUGAAAUGGAUUAUUGUUUACCUAUAUUUGACCCAUAUAAAUUUAAAUUUAUUUCAUUAAAUGUGUAAAUGAUUUCAUUGACUACAUCGUUUUAGUAAAUAAUAUUACAAUGGCGGGUCAAUUAAAAAUAUUAUUAAUUUUUACGAAAUUGUUAGUAUCAUUGUCUGAAUACUCUAAGAUGGCUAUCAAAUAAUAUCGGUGCCUAUGAAAAACAGCCAGAGACAACAUUAAAACUAAUUGACGCUUUUACUGUCCCAGUGCUUAGCUACCGGGCAACAUAAUAAAAUUACGGAAUAUUUUUAAAGAGUAGAAUAUUUUCGAGGUUUUUUUCUAAAAGAUAUUGCCAAAAACACAUUAUGAUGGACAGUCAUGUUAAAUUUUGAUUUAAACAACUGUACAUUUCUAGUUGAAUAUUUUUUUUAGGUACCCAUAACUACGUGAUAAACGAAAACGUGUUGAUAUUUAUAAUUGUUACGUAUUAUAUUAUUUUUAUUGUUAAUGAAAUAGAAUUUGGAUGACCACGGUUUAAAAUAUUUCAAACAUAACAUAUUAUCUUUAAUAACAAUUUUCACAUACAAUUUUGUUUCGUCUGGGUAGGCAGGUUUAUCAAGAAAAUAAUAAAUCUUUUGACGAAUAAAAUUAUAUACAUCGGUGUAUAGUAAGUGUAAGCGUGAUAAGAGGCCAUGUGACAGUAAAAUUUGCCGUUUCAGUCUUUCUAACGGGAAAUAUAGCAAACAUUUGUCCACGUUAAAUAAACGAAAAAGCCUUUAAAAUCAGUUUAAUCAGUUUUAGAGAUUAAGAAAACCCGCAGUACAGUUUGUAGAUGGUAAUAUUUUGAAAAUAAUCUCAUCAGUUAUUUUUGGUUACAGUUAUUAAGAAAAUCAAAACAAAUGGAAAAUACGAUUUGUUUAUACUUCCUUAUCGAUAAUGAACUCAGUAUUUUAGAGAAUCGUAAAAGACCGUUUGUCUUUAAAAUAGUGUAACCUGUAAAUUGUAUAAUAUAUGUUUUAUCUCUAAAAACUAUUUUGAAGGUAUUUUCGUUUGUUUUACAUGAACACAUUUUUACUAUAUUGCCCGUUAAAAAUACAAAGACCAAUAACCUCCGACAACAACAAAAUUGGUUUUCCUCGCCUAUUAAAAAUCAAUGUGAAUAGUCAACAUACGAGUACAUAUUACACAUAUAACAUUAUAAUAUUUAAAUAUUUUUUUACUUACUAUUUCAUAUGAUGCGUGACAAUCGAAUGCGACCAUAUAAAUGUAUAUGAUAUUGUCAUGUACGAGAAAAUAAAAACAUUACAAAGUUAUGAUUAUGUAGAUACCUAUAUAUCAACUGUUCAGUAAUGUACUCGCUCGGCGUAUUGCAAGAUAAAUCAUAAUAUGGCUAUGAAGUAUGAAUACAAAACGUUAACUUUCUAGUGACUUACAAUAGGUAUAAAAUAUACAAACGCAUUUUUAGAAAAAAUAAUAAGAUUUUGAAUUUAUUGAUUUAAUAAAAUUUAAAAUUAACGUUAGCAUAUAUUAUUAUAAUUAUCAUAUAAUAAUCAUUCCCGAUGUAAAAUGAUCUGGUUUUAUUUUAUAAUUUUAUUGAGAACGUGAGUCUAGAUUUAUGUAUAUAUAUAUAUAAUGUUUACAUACAAAUUAUUGCGUAAUUUAAAUGAUAAACGAUUCGUUAAACGCUUGAUGCACGUGAAGUAAAGGGAUUGCAAACAUUUCGUUUAUCAAUGUUGGAACUCUUAUUUCGUGUAUGCAAUCUAAAGUUUAUUCAAUUUUAAUGUUAAAUAAUACAAGUUUUCCGGUUUCGUUAUUUUAUUUACAUGUGCAUAAAAUGCGCUAAUUAUUCAUAAACAAUUAAAUACAUUAUAGAUAGAAUAAAACAUUUUAAAUCAUAUUUUGUAUUAGUUAUGUGCUAAUAAAUCGUAUUAUGAAGUGUAUCCUAUACAAAAUAUCUGUAUCAAGUUCAAAGUCUUAUAUUUAAUAAUGGUUUGACGCGAUUUGUUUUAAAGCAAUUAAUAUUAUGCGUAUUAUUUUAACUCUCAUUAACCUUUUUAACGUAUAUAUAUAUAUAUACGUUUAUGGGUUGUUGUAUAUGAUAGUGAUAGAUACAGAACUUGACCGCCGAGGUCAUGAUUUCUUUAGCUUGAGGUAAUCAAUGCAUCGAAUAUGAUUAAGAUUAUUUUUGACAAAUAUAAUUAUUAUUUCGGAGUAAUAAUAUAACACUAAGAUUUUUCAUUGUAUCGCCAACGCAUUCCUGCAAUUGAUGCGUCGAUAAUAAUUGAUCUAUUGUUGUGCCUGGUUACAUCAUUGAUUCAAAAAGAAUUUUCCAAAAAUCUCCCUGCGGACUAUCUUGUGAAACAUCGUCUAAAAUAAUUCUACAAAGAAUAAUAUAAUAUAAUUGAAAGAAACACAUACGAUAUUAUACAGAAAUGAUUAUAUCUGAAUUUUCUGAAUUGAUUAGAAAAUUUGAUUAACAGCCUGCAAAACACGUAGAAGUUCUAUAUAUAGGUAAUAUGAGCUUUUACUUUAUAUAGUAUACCUUGUAUAUUAAAACGUUUUUGAUUAUUAUUAUUAAAAAAAAAAUUCUAUUUAAUCACAUGAUGAUUGUAUAAUAUGACAUAACCACGUGAAAUGAUUACUCUGAGUCAGCCUGAAAAAAUGAUAUUUUGAUGAGCAUAAACAUUAUCUAUAUAUUACAGCAUCUCUUUCACUUCAAAUGCGUUCGUAAUAAAUACUUAGUAAAUUUACGUAGUAAAUCGUUUUUUAUACAUAAGAAAUCGAUCCGUUUAAUCCUCGAGGCGCUUAAUAACAGUAUCCAUUCGCGGUGUAGGUACCUAACUAAUUUUCUAAAAAAAAAAAAAUCCUGUAAUUUCGUAUACACAAUCAAUUUCGCUGUUUUAGGAUAUAUGCGUAGGUAUACUCACUACAGUCUUAAAUUAAUAAAAUGUACAAACUUCUAUAGUUAAUCGAAAUAUCGAAUAAUUUAUAAAACAUAAACUGAGAUUAUUUGGUUUGUAUCUUCAUCCCACACUUUUCAAAUAUAAUUAUAUUAAUAUUUUUGGUACAGUUACGUUUAUUCAGAAUUACCAACGAAACUUAAUUUCAAAUCAAGUUUUAUUACGUGUAUUUAAGAUAUGUUUAACUUGUAAUCGAUUCUUAUCACUAAACUAUCAACGAUCGAUGUCUUAUUGUUUUAAGCUAAAUAUAUUUUUUUUUUUAUAAAAUCCAUUGUAAUUUACAAGUAGGGGCCAUAAAAAAUAGCAAAGACUAUCAUAGGAUUAUCCGUCUAUUAAUAUAUUUUUAAAGUUACCAUGAAAUUAUACGAGUACCUAGUUGAUCAUUAUGUAUAGGUAUACUUAAAGAAUAAUAAAAUCGGUUUAGUACCUACUAAUGUUUCUAAAUAAAUAUUUUCUGUAAUAUUUUAAUGCAUUUUUAGCUAACUAGUAUAGGCAUAACUUCCCAUGUCAAUAAUAAUUGGACUCAUAAAUUAAUUAGAUUGACUGGGUUUUUUUCUAAUUUGUAUUAUUAUUAUAAUUUUUUUUUACUACAUGACGGUGAGCUAAAAACAAUAAAAUAGCAAAUCUUUUGUUUUGAAAAUGUUACGACUGUAUGAAUCGUGGGGGUUUUGUUUUAGCGUAAUAGACACAAGUGCCUACGCAAGUGCAGAUAACCUUCGUCCCGCACGCGGUGGUCUGUCUCCAUUGUAAACAAAUGUCGUCUCAGUUGGGCACAACUAUAGUGAUCGACGACCUGGAACAGUAGGUGUCCCCUUCGGUGCACUAAAUUAACAGCAAAUUAAUAAUAUAUUUAUAUAUAUACUACAUAUAAUAUAAAUACAUUAGGAGCUGUCGGUUAAGUUCGUUUAGUAUACAAGUAUAUUGUAUUGGUAUAGUGACUUAUAGAUCGAGGACAAGGUCGGAUCGUUAAACUCGACCGGUAUAAUAUUAUAAUGUGUAUACUAUAGGGGAAUGUUUUUUUUUUAAUAUUUUCGUGAAUGUGAAGCAAUUUCAUUGGGUGUGACAAUAAGUAAGCAUCUAUAUACGUAAAUAAGCCUACAGAGACCAUCAUCGUUAAUGUGCGAGCUAAACGGAUAUUACAUACAAAUUAUUGCGUAAUUUAAAUGAUAAACGAUUCGUUAAACGCUUGAUGCACGUGAUGUAAAGGGAUUGCAAACAUUUCGUUUAUCAAUGUUGGAACUCUUAAAUCGUGUAUGCAAUUUAAAGUUUAUUCAAUUUUAAUGUUGAACAAUACAAGUUUUCCGGUUUCGUUAUUUUAUUUACAUGUGCAUAAAAUGCGCUAAUUAUAAAGAUCAUAAACAAUUAAAUACAUUAUAGAUAGAAUAAAACAUUUUAAAUCAUAUUUUGUAUUAAUUAUGUGCUAAUAAAUCGUAUUAUGAAGUGUAUCCUAAACAAAAUAUCUGUAUCAAGUUCAAAGUCUUAUAUUUCAUAAUGGUUUAACGCGAUUUGUUUUAAAGCAAUUAAUAUUAUGCGUAUUAUUUUAACUCUCAUUAACCUUUUAAAAUUAACCUUCCGUGAGUAUCCUAUUCAACAGAUACAGACACAUUCUGCGCAUACUUACCUACUACAAAAGGAAGGUCAAGAUUUCGAUUAAAUCUAACCUCACCACUUAAUCAAAAUAUGCGUUAUAAUUUUUAACAAUACUGAAAUAUCUAUACUUUGAUUAUGUAAUUCAUUGGUUUUUUAGUUUUAAUUUACAGAUCAAACACUUUUAGAUACUAUAUAAUAUAAUAUCAACUAUGGAAUUUUUAGUAUAGAUGGUUUGCACAAUAAUAUCUAAAACCCUGAAUUUUGUUUUUCAACUUUUAUAUUUAUUAUAGUACAGCGAAAAUGGGUAGAUAUAGAAUUAUAUUUAAUAAAUUAAUCUUUAAUCUUAAUUUAUCUAAUCUUUAUUAAUCUUUAUUUUAUCAAAAAUUUAAUUUGUAUUUUGUUUAUUUUAGAUUCUAAGUUUAGUAAAAAACGUAUUUGUUUUACUACGAUAUAUUUUGGAAAAUAUGUUUACAAUGAGUAAAAGAAGGUCUAAUUCUUUUUCGCUGUCUUUAAAAGAUGUGAAAUUUCGGAUCGGCAGUAUAAUAUUUGAAAAAAUUGUUUACAUUCCCCACAGCUUUUUAAAAAAGCUGAAAACAAAAAACGAUACAUCAAUUUUAUUUUUGUUUAUUUCUAGGUUCUUGCAGCAAGCUAAAAAAACGUGUAAAAAAAAAAAAAACAAAUAUUCUAUUAACUAUCUUAAGUUUACAGUGUUUUACUGAGAAUCGUUUUUUGAUUGCAGUGAUUUGUUGUAGAGUCCAGUAUAUAAAGUAAAUUGUACGUUCCCGAGUCCUAGAGGCCUAGACUCACAACAGUAGCCUACCUAUUCUUCGAAGUAUGUCUUGAUUUUUUUUUUUUAAAUAACUUUACCCUUUUUUAACCUCUCGGCUGUUUGUAGAUUAGGAAAUUAACUAAUUUUCAAUACAUUCAUCAUAAAAAAAUUUAAACUGUUAUAAAAUAAAAAUGAUUUUCGUAUCAUUAAACCAAAUUUGUGGUCUCGAUCGUAUAAAAAUAUAGUUUUAUUGAUGAAUUAUUAUGUAUUAUAUAUUUAUUCGACUCGCGUAGUCUGUGUUCAACGGUACAAUAAUAAUAUAUUAGGCACUUUAAAUCGCUUUUUUUUUGCAUCAUAAUUAUUGGUGUUUCUAUUGUUAUUAGGUAUUAUUUUUUUGUCCGUCUGAAACACAAACCAAUAAUGUGCAAUGUCCUGCAAUUUAAAGUGCGCGCAAUAACGUUUCGUGGUUUCCGGCGAUCUAAGCGGCAUAGUUACCAGACAACAGUUAACAGAAACUGCAAUUUAUAUUGUUAUAUAUAAGCACCUGAUAUUAUAUUGACCUAUACUUUAGAGUCGUCAAUCGUGGGCACGCGUGAUUUUGCGAAUGUGAAAUAAAAUGUCUCUCCCGAUGUGGACCGCCGCCGCCGUCGGUUUUCUCGCUUAAACAACAAUAAUAUUAUAAUAACAGUGAUUACAACGAAUAUUAUAAUAAUAUCAUAUAGAACUCUGGUCGUGACCGAAACCGAGCACGCGUUCGGCUGAUCCCGAACACGACUCUUUGACCCAUACCUAUGCAACUGCCUGCGAAUUGUACGGCUGUAUAACAGCUAUUGGCUGUUUAGAUUUGAUAUAUUUUUAAUUCACUUUUUUUUCCAAUUUCCCUCGUACAUAUAAUAACCGUAGGCAUACGUAUUUUCUAACGUAAACCUAUUCAAUCGGAAUAAUUUGUACGGUUAUGACGACGCGACGGACGAAAACGGCAUUUCCUACUGCACUUAAUAUAACACUGCAGCCAUAAAACAGAAUGAGGACUAAGAAAACCGUAUGAUGUCCACGCGAAUGACAACUAUAUAUUAUAUAUACAAAUACAUAGGUAAACUGGUAAUAAUAUAUUUGAAUUCCAGCGUGGAAUACGUAAUUUUAUACACAACAAUAGUCGGUUUUAUUAUUAGUUCUUUUUUUACUUCUUUUUUAAGUAAAUUUAACAGAGGCGAUAUUUUCGUUCGGAUUUCAUACGAAAUGGGUUUAUGUCGUCUCAUUAUAAUAUUUCGGCUAAGUCGACACAAAAAAAAAACGAAACUAAUCGCUUUAUACGGUCGAUGUGCAGCAUACACAUGACAAAAUGUAAAUUUUAUUGUUGAAAAACGUGUAUCCGCGUAGGUAUACUAAAAGAUGUUUAAACGUUUUUUUUUUUUUUUUUUUUUCUGUUAUUACAUAUAACACGAUAUUUACGUAAAAAUAACAUUUAUAUUUAAUGAAAACACCACCAAAGAUUUGACUCUACCAAAACUUCAGUUGGUACCCACUUACUUUUGUAAUAUUAUUAUGACGGUAUAUUGUGGGGUUUAUAUCAUCGUAUAUCAGUUUUAUGAUUCGUCGUAUUUCUUGUAAUGCACAAUAUAGACUGCAGUGCCGAAAAGAAUAGUAAAAAUGUGCGUUCUCCGGGACCUAAAUAUUAGGAAAACACGGUACACUUCGUGAUAUACUAUGUAUUAUAAUUUCCCUAGUAUGUAUACCGUUAUAAAAAAAAAAAAUAAUAAAUAAAUUUUCAAAAAAAAUUGACUUGUGUACAUAUGUUCUUGAUUUAAACAAUGGUGUAUAUUAGUACCGGUGAAUAUAAGUUAAAAUUUUAGAAAAUUACCAACCGUAUAUUACGUCUAUAGUGAUAAAAGAAUAUUAGUAUAACGGAUUACACUAUAGCUCAAGAAUUCUCAACCUGGAAGGCGCGCCUCUCUAGGGAGGUGUGAACAUUUUUAAAAACCCCACGGAACAUACACACAUUUAUAUGUAUAUAUAUUUCAAUGUUAAAGUAAUGAAGAGGGGCCUGAUUCCAAAAGAUUGAGAACCCUUGCUAUAGCUAAUAUAGUGAUGAUAUAAUACCCUAUUAUAUGUGUUAGGAUCCGUGUCAAAGUUGGUAGAUGUACGAGCUCAUUGAAAUGUUCCGCAAUUGACAGGGUCAUCAAGAAUGAGCAUAUUAUAUACAUACUAUAAUACAGUAUGUAUCUGAUGAUCAAACGAACUCGUGACACAAAUGACGUGUAUCCGUAUUAACAUGUUCCCAUAUAAUAUUACACACAACGAUAUAGAUGGUUCAAUCUUUAGUGCGCUAUAUUUUUUAUCGUCAUCGUUGUCAUGAUUCGUCCUUUGCUCUAACUGACUUGACAGUAUAAUAAUAAAAUACAAAUCGAUCGCCCACUGAUUUUUCCAUACAGUAUAUUAUAAUUCGCAAUCAAUUAUUCUAUGUUUAUAUCGAUCCGACGACGAUUUGUACGAGUAAGUAUAAUGUUUGUACGAUUUUCAUGUUUCUGACCUAAGAUUUUACACGCCCAUUAUUAUGGUGUUUUAUCAGUUUAGAUUGCAUAUAUUACAAUAUAAUAUUUUGACAAAACAAACGUUCAUAAACCUGACCUAUACAUCAUAUUACCUACUGAGAAGUCAUGUACGAAGUGGGAACUUGUCCAAAAAGAUUGCGAAUCGAUAAUAACAAUUAGUAUCUAUUAUACGUCCAAUACGAAUCGUCAUUAUUAAACGUAUGAACAAUUAUUAUUAAAAAGAAGACUUUGAUCUUUGGCGGAAAAUUCCUAGAGAAAGAGUGAAAAACACUGCAGUAGGUUAUCGGGUUGUCAAACGAUGCUAUGAUUUUCAUGAAGUAUAAGUAUAAGCAUAAGUAUAAGUAGUAUAAACAAGUAUUCAAGAUUUUAGCGAAAAAAUGAACAUGAUAAUACAUUGAAUAUAACAACAAAAAUAAAUAUAUAUAAUGCUCUAAUAAUGGACUUGGUAGACAAGUGAAGACUUAGGACCAAGAUCCCACCUCUGAAAAUUAUCUCAUGGGCGCUCAUGUGACUGACCCCCUAAAUAUUUGAAAAAAGAGGCAAAAGAUAAGAAGAUGCUACAAGUGUGAAGAUAUACGUUGUGGCAGUGAGACAUAUUAUUCAAAGUAAUAAUCAAUAGUUAUAAUUUUAUCUUAUAAACAUUAUUUAUAAUGGUAGGUACCUAUGUCAAUAUGAAUUCGAACACUGGAUAAUUCGUCUAUUGUACACGUAUAAGUGUGCAGUUUACGGUCGUCAAACGUGUUUAAAAUGCGUAUUAAAUCACUUACCUAUACACGCCAUUAUUAUAAUAUUAUAUUAUACUGUGUGUAUUAUACACUGUGAUGAUGGUAAUUCUAUUGGGUACGGUACAUAAAAUGUUUUGUUGCGAAGUUUAUGUUUAAUAUUAUGCAUAAUAUGUAAUAUGUAAAAACGAUACAUAACUGCAUAAUGUGCAAGUCAAAUAUGUAUACGUGUAACGUAAUUUGGCACUUUAAAAUUACACAUUACGGUUAUCGGUCUGAUUUCCAUAUUAUAAAUUUUAUACAUUAUUCACUGAUCGACGGUGGCUGCGAGUACCGAAUAAUAUCCUGCUGCAAAGUUGUGUAAUACUAUAUAAUUUAUAUAGGUACAUUAUUAUAAUGUCCAAGGAAAGAAUUGCAGUUCCGACGAAAACUCACGACAAAACCCUCGACGGAAUGUCCUUUUUGUAAUGCUAUGACGAUUAUAACGUAUUACGUACACUCGUAAUAAUAUUAUCGAAUAAUGAGGAGAGUCCAAAAAAAAAAAAAAACAUUUAUAAUAUACGAUUGGACUAGAUUCAUUUAUUAUUAUUAUUACUAUAUUACUUGUAUAAUUUUUGCGUUUUUUAGGAGUUUUACCUAUAUAUGGUUUGUUACUUGCGAGUCUUGCUACCUAUUCAAAAAUAGUUUAUUUUUAUUUUUUAAAGGCCUUUAAAUACAACGCGUUUAUUCUUAUUAUUUUUUUUUUGAAAUACACAUGAUUUUUUUAGCAACGAAAACAACAAUAUUAUUAUAUCAUCAUAACCCCAUUUUGUUCAUAAUCGAUCGCUUUCUGUUCUAGGCAUAAGCGCCACUUGGGAAUGGGGGAUGCUAGGGAGUGUUUAGCACUUAUACAAAUAUUCAAUACAAUUUUUUGUGGUAUCCGCUAAAUAUUAAUUUACCUGUAAGUAAAGACAAACCACUAAUAAUGAAAAACGAUUCGAAACGAAGUUCGGUUAUACUAUGAUUUGAAAGGCUAUAAUAUUUAAGAUUUCGUUAAAAUUUGAUAUUAAAAUUCUUAUAAAAAAAAAGGUAAGUUAAAUACAACUAAUUUUUUUUCACCACAAAAGACGCCUUUUAAUAAACCUCCUGUUUAAUUUACAAAAAUUUCUGUUUAGUCUAAAAAUUUUAUCCACAGAGUACCGAAUAAAAAUUACGUAAGUAACUCGUAAAAUUAAAAUUUAUAGAAAUAGCUUAAAAAUGAUUAAAAUGUUAUGAAAAUUUAACCACGUCUAGAAAAAGCAAAUAUAAUAUCAAGCUCAUAUAAAUAUUCUUAACUAAAUUACAACAAAACAACAACAUUGAAAAUAAUAAAAUCAUUAUUUUCGUACAUUUGUCCGUUAUUUCUACGUUUUUUUCGAUUUUCCUCAAGUAUUAAAAAAACUACAAAAAAAAAAAAAAAUAUAAAAACGGCUUUUUUACUUACCAACUAGAUUAAAAAUUAAACAACAAUGAUCUCUUAUUAUUGCAAUAUUUCUGGUAGAAAACAUAAAGUGUACAAAUGUAAAAUGAUGAAACUUUAACGUCGUGAAUUUAUCAGUUUUCAUUUUUCGCCUUUUUUGAUUUUUCCCAGUUAUAUAAUGAAAACUACUUGGAAAAUCAAAAAAUUGUUUAAAACUAAUACAGUUUUCGCUACUUUCCGAAUCUAAAAAUUAUGAUAUAUUUGUAUGUAACAAAUUAUAAAUGAAAUGUGUAGUUGCUUAUUAUAAGUGUCGUGUGAACGGGAUUGUUGUGACAUUUCAUUCAAUGAUCUGUGCUGUGUAUAAUUUUAGCACCUCCAAAGUUGGUGGUCAAGGUGCACCUAUAGUUCUAGGUUUUUACAUAUAACUGACAAAAUGUCUACCAGUGGCGAUCACAACGCCUACGUCACAAAAUUGUCAUCAUACAUUCAUACUUAUAUAUGUUUAGUCGUGGUUUAUGGACCCGCAAUCCGCACAUUAAUAACUGCCACGAUCGUAGGUAAAUUUUUUUCGUUUAUGAGUGAAGCACUUAAACAUCGAUAAAAUAAAAUAUAAUGCCGCGCUUACACUUACGACGGCGAAAUACCAGCAUACGUCGUCUCCGUCUUAGAAACGUAGGUACAAGAUAACAAACUUGUGUUCAAUAAGUAUAACAUUGUGCUUUAAGUUUUAUUAUUAAAGUGAAUUGACCCAUUAAUCUUAAAUUGAAUUUAAAUAAAAGAACAUGCGUGUUGCAACGUUGACGGUAUUUUUGAUAUUUUAAUUUUUAACAAAGAUAUUUAUAAGUAUGUAAAAUUUCACAAAUUAACAAUGUUACGUAGAUAUAUAUCGCUAAAAAAUUUAAAUUUCGAAAUAAUAGCGCCAAACGUUGCACAAAUUAUGUUCUUAUCAUUGUAUUAGAUAAUAGGUCAAUUCAUUUUAAUGUUAAUGUUAAAGUUUACAAUACGAAGUUGUCUCCUCUGAAAUUAGAUUUACUACAUUGUGUAUCGUACGUUUCUACAUGUGUAAAACGGAUGCAGUAGGUACAUUUGAGUACACAUCCUAUUAAGGACAGUGACAUUUACGUUUCAUUCGUUUCAACGGUCAGUAUGUAGAAAACAUUUGUUCACGUAACAAAAAGACCUUUAUAAUCGAGUUUAAAAAUAAAAACUGUUAUAAAAUGUGAAGACGGUAACAUUUUGAGGGUUGACCGCGGUCAUUUCGACGCGAGACCAUUGGAUGCAUGCGAAAUUUCAUCACACGUCAUUUUGCGAUUACAAUCUCACGAUGAAAUCACCACAUUAAAAGGUUUUCAUAGCACGUAUUUUAAAUAAAUUUUUAUUUUUUGCAAAUAACUAUAAAUUUUUUAGUAGAAUUGAUAUUUCAAAAAAAAACGCUGAUAAAAUUAUCCUCAAAAAGUUUCCGUCUACAAAUAUUUUUAUUAAACGUACAUUUUAAUCUCUAAAACCGAUUUUAAUGGCCUUUUCGUUUGAUCCGAACAUUCCGAACACAUUUUCGCUAUAUCGCUCGUUUAGAAUAACGGAGACGGCAAAUGCCAUUAUGACGUUUUAAUAAACGACGACGGGGAAAAAAACUGAAUGUCGAAAAAUUUGUCACUCUUACGCUAAUAAUAAUAAUAAUAAUAAUAAUAGCCUUCUAAACAGUCGUAAUAAUACAUUAUAAUAUAUAGGUCGGUCAGAUACACUCCACACGCCUUAUUUAUUGUGUAAAUACGUAAUAUUAUUAUAUUAUAUUAUUACAUACAAUUGUCGUUUUUAUUGUACAGAGUGUGUGUGCGUGUGUGUUGUUAUAAUAUAGGGUACGCUAUAUUUCGGUUUCGCGCGUGUUUGCUCGCCGCCGCCUUGUCCAUUAAUAACCGCUCGCGUGCGUAUAACACUAUAAGAAUACUUACCUAUUAUACGCGCAAGCCUAACACGGCUUAAAAAAAAAAACCCUCAUUUGUUUCGCUUGUCAGAAGAACGCGACACGGCGCGGCGGUGGCAGCAAUGACGUAAAAGAAAAAACGCAAAAAAAAAAAAAAUGAUAAGAGGGGACAAAAAAAAUAGUAAGUAAAAUAUCGUUGUCUUCGUCGAGACUGCACGUGCGAAUUCUCAAUUAGGCGUGUCGUGUCUUUCGUGAUGAUGUCGUUAUAAUAAUAUUAUUAUAAACACAUACUCGCGUAUCAUACACGUAUGAUAAUAGUAUUAUUAUUAUUAUUAUUAUUAUUAUAAUAUUAUAAGACGACGCGAGCUCGGGCGAUACGGUCAUCGGGGCGGUGAACAAUAGCCUGACUCUCUCGGUGUUCGUCAUGAAUAAUUCAGUCCUACUCGCUCCGCGCUCACCUAAAUACUCGCGGGUACCUAACAAAAAAUAUCGCGAGCGCGCAUACGUCGAAAGCAAAAAAAUGAAUAGGUUUUUAAUAACAACAAACAAUACCCGUGGCUUUAAUAUAAUAGUCUGGAUCGUAAAUACCUACCGCCUAUAUUAUAAUCUUAAUUUCGAUUUUGUCGGCGUGAACUGGCCGAAUGACUGGAAAAGACGAAUUACAAAUAGUUAUCAAAAAAAUUAACACAAUGUUCUCACUACCACUGAAUAUCGCUCUCUUCGUAAUAGGUAUAUAAACCUACAUUUGUCUACACAUACUCGGUUGUAAAGAGAAUAGAUAUAGCGAAAAUAGGUAGAACCAUCGUUAAAAGUCGUGGAAAUAAGAAAAUCUACUUUUUCCCAAUAUUUUGACUUUUUUCCAUCUGGACUCAAAUGAUAGAAUGUUGACUUAAGACACGGCUAAAAGUUAAACUGAUGGAGCAAUAUUGGCUUAAUUACUGCAAAUUUUCCAAAUGACGUCACUAUUACACUAGUCAAUAUUAUUACAUUAAGAAUACGAUUUUUACAACCGUAAUAUUGUUAAGAAUUGAUAAUACUAGUGAUAACCCGUGAUAAACCGUGAUUUCAGAAGUCACGGAGAUGGGCUAAAGAACCAAAUACUACAUUUGAUUCCCGUCAAUACCUAUAGUUUUUAAUAUUUUCCAAUUUACCCACUAUUAAAUGUAAUUUGUAAUAGAUCAAAAAAAAGUCAUAAUAACAAACUAAUUUCAUUUCCGAACUCGCGGUAUUUAUUAAGAUAAUAUUUAAUCGAAUUUAUACAUACAUAUAAUAAUAUAAUAUAUUUUUUUUAAAUUCAAUUCGAAAAUUGACACAUCAAUCCUAUUUUGGAGUUGUUCAACCCCUUUGUGGCAAGUGAAGGGGUUGAGUAAUCGCAUGACUAAAUUUACCGAAAAUUACUUACUUUCUUAUAUAGUAAUGAACAAAAUAGAAUAGGGUAAGAAAUCGAAAAUUUGAAAGAUCAAAAAUAAGGACUACCCUAAUAUACAAUAUACGUAUAUAUAUAAAUACUCACAUUAUUACGAAUCCCACGUGACGCGCGUCAAAUUAUUAGUACGCUGCAGCGAUCGUACGGACAUACCCAAAAAAUAUAAGUGUCUGCAUCAUUAUACACUAUCACUAUAUUAUUAUUAAAUUAAAAAUGUACGUGAAAAUACGCAUGUGUACGACACUAUCGAAAUAUUAUUAUUGUUUAAUUCGCGCGUGCUGCUAUCCGGCUAUCGCACGGCCGCGAGCGCCUCGAAUCGCGGAUCCGAAACGAAUCCGAUCGGUCACGGGCCGAACUUGACAUCAAUUUUUCGAUCACCUAUUAUCACUAUUAUAUGUACGUCGAACUGUCGACGCAGAUACUUCCUCGUGUUUACAUUUUUUUUUUAACAGCGAUUACCUGGACGUGCGUACAUAUUUAUAUAUAUGUUUCUACCACUUAAAUUAUAUAUACACAUCAACCUCGAUCUGGAUUUCGAUGGUGAAAAUGUGGAUUUCUCUAGCCUCCCCCCUCCAACAAUCGAAAAAUUUACGUUAUUAUUUUACAUAUCGUUCAUAAAGAAAAUCAAAAAAAAGUUUUUAGCAUUUUAAAGUUAUUGGGACUAAAUAAACUGUAUAUUAUAUAUAACACCAAUGGCAAACAUUUACAAACAAAUUGCAAACGUAAUAUAAAAUAAUAAUGUACACUAUUUUUAGUCGGUUCUAGAGAAAUAACUUCUGUUAAUUUGUUAGUUAUUCGUCUACACACACUUUUAAUUUAUUAUUUACCUGUUUUCAUUAUUGAUUUUAUUUAAUUGAAUUUACAAAACAAUUGGAUAAAUUAAGGUAAUGUAAUUACCUAUAAUUACAAUUAUAAUAAUAACAAAAAUACCAAUUAACAACUUCAUAACACUUAUCAUCUAGUAAGAACAAAUUGUGUUUACUGUUUAGCGUUCUGACCGUUUUUUUUGUUUACAAUAAAUUUUAUAAAAGUAGAACUUAUAAACGUUACAUCGUUUUUAUUAAAUAUUUGUUGCCAUCAGUUAUCACACAUUACUAACAUUAUGAGAAAUACUAUAUAGUGUCAAAAGCACACGUUAUAAUAUUGCGGAUUUAUUUUGUAUGGUCCUUUAUUUGUAAAGCUCUGAGUUCUUCCACUCAUGAAUCGUUAUCCGUUCUUCAAAACCGUAAAAAGGUUUAUAGAUAAUUUGUUUGAGUUUAGAUACAAAAACUCAAAAUGAGGACUUAAACUUAAAUAAGAUUUUCUUUUUCUUUUGGUUUUUCUGUUCCAAUUUCCAGUUGCAUUAUCUUCGUCAUUAACAGUAUGCUUUUUUUUGUAUAUAAAUGUAGUGUUUUCCUCCAUUAUAUUUACAUAAUGGAUAACUCCUAGGCUGCAUUAGAGUUAUCGUCCAUUAAAAUGUAUUCAUAAUAUGUUAUCUAUCACGUUUAUCAAUCUUGUCGAAACCAUUAGGCGUAUACACCAUUCGUUAACAAGACACAACCUUUUAAUAAUAAUUCUCAUAACAUAAUGUUCUGAUAAUAUGUUUAUAUACGAACAUUUUUUUUUUUUUUUUAUAAAAUAUUUUCGCAAACAACAAAAUUUAAAAUAAUAAUGUACAUAUGGUUUUGAUUUGAGGAGGGGAUUCUGGGGAAAUGAACGUUUGAUUUCGCAAAAUGCACGAUUUUUAUCACUUUCCAAAAAAGUUAUUCGUUGAAGUCACCAUGACGCCGUUAUAGACGAUAAUGACGACCAGGUUUGCAUAAUACAUUACUGUCGCAGAUAAUAAUUUAUAAUAUAUGUAGGGUAACUGUGAUUAUUAUAAUACUAUUAUCGGUAAACGAAACACGAAAAUAUUAUAAUACCGCGUUCGUCUUUCCGUAUAAUAAAAUAAGAUUUAUGGUCACGAAUCCGGAGGAUAUCCGUGAGUAAAAAAUUUAAUCGCUAUUUUGCAUAGUUAUUUUUUAAUUUUCCCGAGCGAUCCGUUGCCCAUUUAUGGAACCGGAAUAAAAUGUUACGUAUUAAAUUCGCUCAAUGUAUCCAUUCGUAUAAUAUGUAUUUCGCAAUAAAACGAUUAUUAUUAUUAUUUAUUUUUUUUUUAAGCAACGACGAUUUUGACCAGAGCAUAUAUUUAUUGUACGUUGUUCACGAUUUUUACCUUUUUUUCAUUUACAGUUUAAUAACUAUAAAUUCAAUAUUAUAGGUAUAUUCAAAACAGAUAAUAAUGUGUUCGAACCGUUCGAAAUGUUAUAAUAACGUGAUUAAAAUUAUAGGUAGUCUAAAAAAGACAUUUUUUUUUUUUAAUAAGUGACAGAAUUCCAGUGUGCACGCUGCAUAUAUUAUAUAUUAUUGUAUAAUAUUAUCAUUUGUCAUGGCGGUUUCUAUUUUUUAAUCCUGCGCGUUGCAAUAUCGAAGUCGCACGUCGUUCAUCGUAGCAGCAUGCUGCAGCACCAUAACGCCGCACUUUACAAACAAUAAUUAUUAUUGUAGAUCGAACGUAAGAUUUACAUUUUGCGACGGUGACGUUUCAAAACACAGUGUGAAAUACACAAACAAAAAUCUUAUACGGUAUAGGUAGUAUAUUAUAAUACUGCCGAAUCGGUUGCGGCGACGACUGCGACGACGAUCGUGACCGUACUCGAAACUUUCUACUCCAGUCCUCUCACGGAAGUCAACAGCGGCGGCGGUUUGUUUUGUAUUUUGUAUUUAUUUUUUUUUUCUAAUAAUAAUAAUAUUGUUUCGUUUUGACACAUGCGGGCCGUAAGAUUUUUCACACAACAGUAUUAUAAUACGUAUAGCGCGUAUAUAGUAAAAUAUACUCGAGUAAACUGUAUAAUAUAAAAAUAAAAAAAUAAAAAGUAUAUAGUAUAUUGUAGAAAUCGUUACGAUACACAAUAUAAUAUUAUAUUAUACUUUUCUACCUAAUUAAUUGCCACACAUACCUGUAUUCGUCUGCAUAAAUUACUACGUUAUUGUUUCAUAAAAUAUAUAUAUAUAUAUAUAUGUAUGCAUAUAGUCCAUCGGUGUGAACUGAAAACAAUGAAAUAGAAAAAAAGUGGAGUAGACUUUCUAUCACUCCUCGCAGUUUCGGAUUAUAUGAAAAAAAAAAUAAAAAUAUUUUUAAUAAUAAUUAGUACCCAUAGUAUUUUUUACUGUGAUUAUACAAAUCGAUUGACGAAUUUAGUUCCAUUUUACGUAUUAUAUAACAUUUCAUGUAAUAAUAUUAUCGUGUCUAUUCAAUGAUUACAAUCUACAGGGACGUAUUUAGGGGAGAGCAUGGGAGUCCUGGACGUUACAUUACUAGGGGGUAUCACAAUAUUUUAAGACGUGAUAAAAUAAUAAUUAUUUAAAAAAAAUACUAACUAGGGAAUGGGUUGGAUUUAUUUUCCCCCUCCCCAUUAGCUUAAAAGAAUACUACAACUACGAACAUUUAUUUAGUAAUUUUAUCUUAAAAUAUUUAAGCCAAGUUACAGUGAAAUAAUCUUGAUUUAUUGAAUUGGGCUUCUAAACUCUCAUUGUUGGAUCUUCUUCUUUUUCUCGUGUCGGUCAGUAUUUUCUUUUUAAAAUUGCAAUCCUUUCUUUUCCCAGUAUUCAAUGAUUCCUAUAAUUUCGUCCGUGAUGUCUGUUAGUCCAAUGAAAUCUUUCAUUUCGUAUCUACACUGUUGGGUAUUGGGUUAGGUAUAACAGAAAAACAUUCUACGAUAUAAUCAUGAAUCGUGAUUAUUAAUUACUCAUCCUUGUCCCAUUGAACGUAUUACAUACGUCUCUGAUUACAGCAUUUUAAAAUUUAGAAUUUUUUUCGGAAUUUCUUUGAUAAUGUAAUAACAUAUUAUCAUAAAACAUAAUUAUACAUCUAGGUAUUGAGAUUCGAAGAAAACAAAUAAAUUUAGUUUUUUUUUUUCAUGAUAAAUAUUGUAAUUUUUUUAUGGCUUAGAAAAUUAGGUAACAGUGUCAAAAAUAAAACUCAAACGAUUAUAUAAAUAAAAAAAAAAAAAAAAAGAUGUUACCUAAUUAUUGUUAUUAUAAAAAGUAUCAAUAUGCUACAAAGAUGAACAUAAAUUGCCUACACAUUAAAAUUAUCUGUAUUAACAGGUGGGAAGGAGUUUCGCGAUUAUAAUAUUAUAGGUACCUACUGUACCUACUGUAGGUAUAUCGUAUUUCCUGGUGCAAUGCUCAUAUAACACUUGAGUGAAUUUACAAAUAUAUUUGUACAUAUACAUAUGUAUAUUUUAUCUCGCAUGGACAACGAAAACAACCAAUCGAAAAUAUCCGGUGUGGUGAGCUAGCCUUAUAAUUUUCGUUGUGGGUGUAAAAAACUGCAGUUCUUCUAUACAUACAAUAUUUUGUAAAAAAAAAAAAAAAUCGGUGUAGGCCGAACAUACCUAAUAUUUUUGUACCUUAUUGAUGACCGUUUCGAAAUGUCGCCAUACAGUUUUAGGUAGGUACACUGUACACACGCACAUGCUGUGAAUAACAUAGGCGUCACGACGCCAAUGACGUAAAUUGAAGAGUGAAAAAUAAAUUACAAAUAUUUGUACACCCGCGCAGUACGAUAAUAAUAAAUCUUCAAAUAUAAUAGAUAUAUUAAAUAAAAUCAGCGAAAUACAUAUUUUUCGAAAACCGUGAUAAUUGUUACCUAUUAGUAAGUAUUAUAACGAAUUCAAUUAUUUCUAGAAAUAAGUGUGCGAUUUCCCUUAGAAAACCAAUUAAUCAUAAUAUUGUUGUGUUCCCCACAAUACCUAUAUAAUACAUUAUUACGUAUAUUACAGCAGCUGUGGAUUUUUUUUCAUAUUUUUACGUCAUAACAGCUGCUGCUAUGACGUAAAAAAAAAGACGAUUUAAACGAUUAACGUACCAUAAUAAAUCGUAUUUACUACGGUAAAUUAGAUUUUAAAAUACCAACGUUUAAAAGCAUAAUGAUAAUAUUUAAUACCUUGCCUUUAAACAGAACGAUGAUUUUUGUAUUUGAAAAAUAUUAUUGGCAUUCAUAUUAUUAAUUCAGCUCAAGUCAAAUGUGUUGAAAACAUCAUGGGCAAUAUACUCGUGUGUUAUAAACAUGUAAUGAGUAAUGAGUAAUAACACACAAUAAUAAUAUAUAUAGUAGGUGACUUAAUUACUAUUGCACUAUUAUACUCCUGCACAAAUAUGUAAAAUAAAUAGAAACAUUAUAUUCUCUUAACUUAAAGGUUGUCAACCCUAAGAUUGGUGCAGCCUUUUUUCCACACUCCUUUCAUUCUUCCAGCGAUUUCAGGUACCAGCUCUUUAGAUCUACAUCAUAGCUCGCUAGUUUAUCGAGUAUCUAAAUAUUAUGUAAUUGAAAUUCUAGAUAAAUUUAAGAGGACGUUAUACCCGCAUGUACUGUCUCAGUCCAACUACUAACGGCUAAUAUAGCAAAAUUUAUCUUAUACAGACUGCGUAGACUUUGCUUAAUUUUAAUUUUAGUGUAAAAACACCUAUUAUAGGAUUAAAAUGGAAAAAUAUUCCGGAGGGAAAGACGAUGCGUUUCUUUUUUAAAUUCGUUUUUGAAAUAUUAUAGUAGUUUUAAAAUGAUGAAUUCGUUUUUAUUUUUAAACGAUGUAUCGAAUGUUAUAUUCGGAAUAAUAAUUAGAAUAAUAGAAAAAACGCAUCGUCUUGCCCUCCGGAAUAAUGUACUCUUUUAAUUUUAUAAUAAUUGAUUUUAAAACCAAAAUUAAGCGAGUUCUGCAUAGUUUGCGUAAGGUAGAUUUUGCUAUAUUGCCUGUUAGCUGGACUGAGACAGCACAUAAGAAUAUGACGUCCUCUUAAUACACGUACACUUAAGAGGUCAUUUUACUCGCUCUGUCUUAUCACCAAUGCUCGGAUGGAAUAAAUAAUAAAAAAAAGAGGAACAUAAGACUUACACAAUUCAACGUCUCUUAAUUAACCUAACCAACGAGGGGAGCCAAAAUUGUUUCACAUAUGUCGGCGAUUAAUAAUUUACCCAAAAACCACUAAUAACAAUGUAGUGCAGUAUAUUGAAUGCUAACGUUGUGCUUACAUAAUAUAUUAUGUUUAUUUUAAAUUUUACUACUAUCAUUACAACUAUAAUUGUAUUAUAAUAUAUUGCUGUAAUAUGUGUUUUUUUCUUUAUUUGUCUAUCUGUAAACCAAUUUUCUAUCAGAAAUCCUGUUCUUAUCAUCAACUUCAGAAGUAGUUAUUUCUUAUAAUUGGAGUAAUGAAGAGGCCAUUUUUUAUUUUCCAUAGAUUGUAGUAUUCCUAAUAAUGGAGAUAAACUCGAAGAAAAACAUCAAGAAAGCAAUAAGAUCACAAGAUUAUACAAUUACAUAAGAUCGAAAAAGUUUAAAAGACCGAAAUUUUACUAAAAACUUAAUUAAUAUACUCUCUUAUAGACUAUUUAAUAUUUAUAUCUAACCUAACUUUUCAGUUGAGUGAAUCACCCUGUGUAGCUUAUUCCAGACAUGGCACACUUUUCAAAGCAUUCUGGAAAAUAAUUGAUCAUAUUCAAACUCCUUAAAUUUAGAGCAUUUAGAAAUAUCAUUUUCAAAAUUCAAACUAAAUGCACUCUGUAAGAAAUUUUCCUCAUUCUAAAAAAAAAAAAAUUGAAAUCAAACUAUAAUACAUACUCCGUAUACAAUAUCCAUAUACUCAAUAUAUACUCCAUAAAACAUGAGACUCUUACAUGUUUUUCCCUGUAAAUCGUGUUUUUAAGUAAAAAAAAUGGUUGCGUGUAGGAAAAAGUUUCUGGGAGACACACCAUGUGUAUAAAAUACAGACAUUUUUUUCCCACCAGAAUCUUAAGUUUUACCGCAUCCAAAUUAUUAAUAUCUAUAUAUAAGAAUAGUUUUAACCCGUACGGAAACUAAUACACGCAUGUUUUCAACCUUCGCUUUAUGUAUUAUAUAGUGUAAAUCCAAGGUAUAUAGUUGCAUAUGGAAUAUACCUACUUGUAUACAUGUUUUUAAAUUUUAAUAAAAUAAAUCUUUCCGAUAACCCUACAAUUUUUUUUUUGUAACCGAGUGAAUUACAAUAAGUUUAUAUUCUUUCGGUAUAAGUACCCAUAUAAUGUAUUUUAUGUAUUUCUAUAACUAUAUAUAACACAAGUGUGUGUAAAAUGACACGUAAAUCAGCUCCGUUGACUAUCAAUAAGAGAGUAUAAGACAUAGGUAGGCACGUUGAAUACACAAUGAAACAAUACACGUCGGCCGUUUUUAACAACAUACCUAACUACUAUUUUUUUUUUUCCAUUCAAUAUGAAUAUAGAAUACCUAUGAUUUAUAGGGUUUUAUGUUAUUCCAAGUAAAUCGCGGUAGUGGCACCGAAGUAACUUAAGUAUUCGUUUAACUUAUCAUAAAAAACCAGUCUACCAAUAAGAAGAUAUUGAAGAAAAAACGGAAAUUUCGUAUUUUCCAUUAUGUAUAAUAUUAUAAUCGUUUCUAUUGUGUUUUAAUAUAAUAAUAUUGUGUACAUACAAAAAAAAAACCCUCGUUUAAACUUGUUAAAAAAGUUUAUAAAACUAUCGAGGUUCAAGAGGUUCAAAAGGAACGACUAUACGGUAGUAAAAAAAGAAAAAUGUGGAAGUAUAUAUAUAUAGAUAAUAAUGUGUGUUUGAGAGAGAGAGAGAAAGAGAGAGAGAGAGAGGGAGAGAUGUUCCUGGACAGGUACAUACAAAAAACCUUAAAAGGCACUGACCAGCCAGCUGCGCAUAAGAAAAGGUACUCGUUUGGUUUGGUUAUGGUCGCAGGCUUUGUUUUGUCUGGUCGGUUAUCCACCCGUGCAGUAAUAAUAUUAAUUUAAUUAUCAAUAUAAUAUAAUAAUUUGUAAGUCAAAUAUCAUCGUCUAUAUUAUAUUGUAACCGGUCGAUUACUACAGAUUAUACUAUAUAUUUUUUUUUAUCAGACCGGGAUUUUUCCUAUAGCCGAAAGAUUCCCACUGAUAGGUCUGAUGUCGUUAGAUUGUCAACUUUGAACAAUAUGCGUACCAUACAAUUUUUUUUCCCAAUCAUAUAUUCGUAUACUCAAUUUUUUAUUUGCUUGAAAAAAAAAACGACAAAUAAAUUCCCAAACGACGCGCAGGUAUCAUUAAUCGAACAAUAAAUGUUGACGUUCUCCGUAUUGUUUGCUGUCUAUGUAAUACAAGUACUGUGUUGUACACAGAUCCAUUUUAAAAUAUCUAGUUAGAUAAGAGAUAAUAAUUAUCUAGACAAAGAUACCAAAUAAUUUAAUUACCUAUUAUAGAUAAACUAUUAGCACAUUUUUUCUAUAGAUAAAAAAAAAGAUAAUUUCAUUCAUUACCUAUCGGCUACUAUAAAACUAAGUGUUAAAAGUAGAAACCUGUACCAAAUAUGGUAUACAUUAUUCUAGAUUUCGAAAUGCACAGCGAUUGAAUUAGCUUAAUAGUUAAUUUAUCAAACCAUUGUAGUAAAAUUUUCACAUUCACACCCGUUGGAAUUUAUUUGAAUCAGCCAGUUUUCUCUUAUAGACUAUACGCGUAGCUUUAUCCUGAAACCUUAAAUAUUUUCAUCAGAAAUACUGACAUUCAAGGCCAUCUACUCGACAAUCAGGCAUUUACACAGGCCAUUAUUUGUAUUCAGGUUUUACAAUAAAUUACAAAAUGUGUAGAUUUAUUAACCAAAAAACAUGUAGAUGUACCGUAGUACAAGUGUACAACUUUAUGUCAUGGUGCACUAAGUUUCCUAAAUUGUAAAUUAGCAUCAACGUACAAUGAAUUAUUGUCAGUUGGUCUUUAAUCAUUUAAUAUCAUGUAUACGUAUUGGAGUCUAUCUUAGUCAGUGUGCAGUUUUUGUUCGUAAUAAUAUGAUUGUUUCGAUGUUAAUAAUGAAAUAUUUAAAACUUUUUUAAAUACAUUUCAAUAAAAUUCGUAUGUUAAAAAGUUGUUGCUACAAAGAUUUGUGUGACGGGCAUAAAACUAAUAAUUUUAAUAUUUUACCUAUUUAUUAAUAAACAUAAUAUAAUUAGAAUUGAAAAAUAUUUAUUUAUAGAUGAUUCAAUUAUUUAUCUAAGAUAACUUAUUUAUUAUGUAGCUAGAUAUGAUAAAAAUAAAUAUAUACCUUUUUAGACGAAACACAAAACAUAUCUAUAAUGUAUAUUAUAUUGUUUUCACCCAUUUAGUUUAUACAAAAUAUUAUAUGAGUAUGCUUAAUGCCGAUUUAAUAAUAUGGGGUUUUUCCUAAUUUUUUAUUAGCUAGCCGUUUUGGGAACGGUUGCGUCCAAAAUCGACGGAGGAUGGGACACGGAGCCGAACACGCAGUAUCACAUACAAACGGAUGAGGGUCCUGAAAGGUAUUUCAAGUAUCAGACGAUUAGUGGCCAGUACCGGAAAGAGAGGCGGUUACAGGACGGCAGCGUGGUUGGCACGUAUGGCUGGGUGGACGCGGACGGGUAUUUGAGACUCAAUGACUAUGUGGCCGACUCAAAGGGUAAAAAUGUGCCUAAUUCAUGAUAUUAUAUUACCCAUUAUUUUCAAUUUUAUUUGACUUUCUUAUACUACUCAACUAGACAAAAUUAUUUCUCAAAAAAUAUGUUACACUUGAAUUUCGGUGUAAGAUUUCUAGUAGAAAAACAAAAGCGAAAAUAAUAAAACUUUUAUAGCCUAAAUUUGUCCGUUUUCCUAUAUUUUCUUUUUAGGAUUAUUUCCAAUUAUUAUGCAAAUCACUUGGAAUAUCAAAAAAUGACCUCCUCUCAUUAAUAUACCAACUAGAUCCAUAAUACUCGUACAUAAAAAAAAAUAAUUUUGUUUUUUUUUUUAUGAGAACAAGAUUCCUGGUGGAUAAGCUGUUCACACAAAAAAAAUAAUUGCACUCAUAAUUAAACUAAUACAUUCCCUACUACGUUCAGGUUCUAAAAAAAAAGAAACUUCUUAAAUAGUACAGCUGGAACUUUUUGCUGAUGGAUGUAGAAUUUUGUAACUAAAUGUUAAUUUUAUAAUAUAAAAUUGUGGGGGAAGGGAACUAGUUAGGAAAUGGUGACAAUGAGCAGUCAGAGUUAUGGUAAGGUAAGGUAAGGUAAGGUUUGGGAAUUAGAUUAAUACUACAAGUAAUAUGAAUAUUGUAUAAAAUCAACCAGUAUGAUCUAAUCGAUUAACUAUCUCUUCAACAAACUCAUGAAAAAAGCUCUUGAAGAAAACUCCUAAGGGUUUCUUUCCCUUCAAUAUCCAUUCAAUUCCUAUAUUCUAUAUUCAAUAUUCUAGUGCCUUCGUUCUUAUUCCAUCCAAUUGCAAAAUUUGUCACAGUUCGAUUCGUUAAAGUAAAUAACCUUUUGACAGUAGCUGUUGAACAUUAUUUCUUUAAUAACAAAUGGAAUACAAAAAAUUAAUUCAGCCAUUUUUUUAAGAUGUACAGAAUUAAUAUUAACUUCAAGGAGUUCAAUGAUAGGAUUUCCUUCGACCUAUUUGUUUUAUAAGGCUACAAAAUUAAAAAACUGAAAAUUUGAUACACUGCCAUCUUUUCAUAUUCAUUCAUAGGUUAAUAAUUGUAUAAUUGUUCAAUCAUUUUUUCACUAAUAAUUUAUAAUUCAGUAAGUUGUAUAGUUGUAGGUAUCAUUAAAUCGGCGAUCUAUCUAUUUUAUAGUUUAAUCCAAAAAUGUUUAAAGACAAGUUUGUUUAACGCAGUUGUACUUUUUCAAUUUAAACAGUUUUUUGAUUGUUUUUUUCAAUUCAUAUAAUUGAAAAACUGCAUUUUUAAAAUAUGGUUUAAUUUUCAAUUUAAUCACACUUUUUUUUGUAUACCGAUAUUUUAUUUCCUGUCUAACACACACGCAGCAUGCAAUUUAAAAGAACAUUCCGACAAUCAUUACGAUCAAUUUAAUGAAAUGAUAAGAAUUCUGAAAACAAAUUUGAAUUCAGUGUAAAGUAUACGUUGGAUCGGUCAGGCCACCUUUUUGAAUAUUAGUCCAUAAUUUCUAAAAAUUUGAUACGAAAUUUUGAUAUGAUAUUUUUUUUAUACAUUUUUAUAAAAUAUAUAUAUAUAUAUAAAAAAAAAACUGAAAUUAAAUUUAAUACUGAUUUGUUGAGUAUGACGUUAAACGAAGAAAACAAAUAUCGGCAUCCAACCCCCUUGGGUUGAAUUAUUCGUUAUAGAAUAGGUACUAUUAUAUUAUUUAAGUUAGUCAGUAUCUACCAGUUACAGUACGAUACGGAUCUCUAUGAAUAUUCAUUUAAAUGUUAUAAAUCGUAUACGAUUCUAACACAAUAUUUUAAUUGAUAUGGCAUUAUUUUAAACGCCUGCCUGUACCUAUAUAUAUUUUUAAUUCCGACUUAAAAUUAAUAAUCGUGAAUUUGUUUUAUAAUGAAUCUGUAUUGAUAAUAGAUUUGUAAUACUAAUCAUUUUGGCUUUCGUUUACUUUCGUUUAAAAUACGUGAUUAUAAUUAUAAAUCGAAGGUCACGCGUAAAGCAAUAAUAAUUUCUACUAACUGCGAAAAAAAUGGGUUAAAUGAUUUUUAAGAAAGUCCAGAUUCAAUAACGGUUUGCAUUUUAUAAAGUCAAUAUGUUUUUUAUUCUUUACAUUUUUCUGUUAUAUACACUUAUAGGGUAACUAUCUAUGUAUAAAUGUAAGAAUGUAUACGUAAAUGUAUGAAUGUGUGUCAUAAAAUACGUUUUCCACAACGCAAUACUAUGUAGGUACUAGUAUUGUAAAAAUAUAAUAUAGAUAUGUAAUUAUUAUUUAUUACGCAUUUUAGUGCUAUUGAAUUCUUAUUGGUUUUCACUAGCUCGUUCUAGUUGUUCUACUUAUCUCAUUCGAUAACUUUGAUUACUAUCAAUAUAUACUAAAUUGUAUAAAACUUUAUGAAUUCGUUAAUUUCCGUUCACAAGUUUAAACUAACGAAGUAUAACCGUUUAUGCAUUCGUAAAAUAUUGAUCAACCUGUGUUUGGUUCGAUUUUUGAAAAUACCAUAACGUAAUAAUUAUCAUAAGUUAUAGUACUGUUAUAAUAAUUAUUGUGUACGUUGGUUGUUUUGAUGUAUUCUUUGAUGGAUCAGUCUACAAAAUAAUAGUUAAUUAUAAAAACAAUUAAUCCCCCCCCCUUCACCACGAAAUUGUUUUAGGCCACGGUACUGCGUAUAUAACUACUCACGCGUAUUAAUAUUACUACAGUUUAUAAAAUACGGUACAUAUAAAUUAAUUAAAAACUCGUUUUCAGGGGCAAAAGAAAAUGUGAAACUAUUAUUUUGAUUCUUACACACUCAUGUACACACUUUACACAUUAACAUGAAAACCAAAAAAUGAUACUAACGCAUAAAGCUCGAUCAUAAUAUACUUUGUUAACGUACUAUCGUAUAAUAUAAUGUAAUGUGAAAAUAAUGUUAUCUAUUUUCGUUGAAAAUAGUGAUUACUCUAAUUGUGUCAAUUUGUCAUAGUCGGAUACGGGGUGGACGAAAAUUUCAUCCGGUUGGUUUUUUUUUUCAGAAAAUUAUCAUUCGGUUAUUUUAUUAAACAAAUAUUGCAGAUUUUGUCUACACUGCAAUCCACGUGUUCCCAAAAUUAAUCUGACAGCUAAUCGGACGAAUUCUGAUCCGCUUACCAAUAGGAUUGACAUAGAUAUUGUCCAUCAUCUAUUAACGCAUUAUAGCUUUAAAACUAGAUGGAACAUUGAUCCUUAUAGACUCUUAAGUAUCCAUCAUCAAUGCCAUCCAAUUAAUUAAGGGACAGACGGAAUUACUUUAAUUUAGUAACUGGGCAUGAUUGUCGAGCGAUUUACCACAUCAAUUUUAUGUAUAAUUAGUACCUACAAAAACAAUCUCGUAGCCGACAAUAAUAACUUGUGGCUCAUAACCUUAUAUUAAUCGUGGUUUUUUCCUAUCCUCAAAAAAGCAAUGUUGUCAACGAACGAUUCCUAGAAUUGCUUCCGUUUUAGAGAAAACAAUGAAGGAAUUAAUUCCAUUAUUUUUUAAAAGAAUAGGAACGUGAAUUAAUUCAUUAUUUUUAGGAAUAGAAACAAAAAUAUUAUUUUUCUUAUGUUUUUAACAAGAAAAUAAAUUUAAUUUAAUUUAUUAGGAUUUUAAACAUGUCAAUUCUAAAAAGUAAGAAUAGUUUCCAAUUUUAAUUGACUUGAUCAAUUCACAUUACCCUUAUUUUUUUAUGAAAACUUGGUAUCUAUACAAGUAACAAAUGAAAAGGUCAAUGUCAAAUUAGUUGUACAUAUUUGAAUACGUCCAAAGCAAAAUCAUUAGUGAUAUUAUUAUUUUCAAGUUAAUAAUAUAAAAAAGAUUAUUUUGGUAUGGACUAGGUAUUCAUAAAAAAAAGGAACGUUUCAAGGACGAUUUUAUUUUUUAAGAAACGAGGAAUGAGAACGGAAUCUCUUUUAAAAAGAACUUUAACAGCACUGCAAAAAAACCCCCCCUAUCCUCUAUUCUCGUAGGUUAACGUCAUAGUAUAUACUAACACCAGUUAUACCUAUUUACAACACACAUAUUAUUAUAUUACGUGCAUUAACAGGGACAAUUUUUUUUUUCUGUAGGCUACAGAAUAGUGAAAAACAAAAAAUUGUUUGUCGGCACCCAAACACCGGUAGCACAAGCUGUGUCAGCGGCUAAGCAUGCGCCGGCGGUGGCCGGCACGGCUGUCUCGUCGUCGUCGCCGUAUCGGUCGGCCGCCGGCUCUGCGGUCCGGUCCGUGGCUGUAGUACCGGCUACCCAGGCACCAUUGCCGAAAGAGUCGUCGUGGCGCGGCUCGCCGUUCGUGUACCCGUCUGACAGCCAGUCAUCGCCUCUGCGUUUCCCGUCCAGCGGCUCGGCCGUGUCGUCGGCCGCUCCACCGCGGUCUACUGGUUCGCAUUAUCGGCGGCCGACGCCGUUGGCUAGCAGUAGCACGGCAACGACGCCAUCCGCCGUGGCCGCGGCCGAUUAUUACUCCGUGCGGCCAAUCGACGUGAACUCGAUCGCGACCGCCGACGACGGACAAGAACUGGCGCCGUACCGCCGUCGUUCGUCGUCAGCCCAACAGCCAUCGACCGUCACCGUCGAACCGAAACGGCCGCUCUACGAACAGCCGUUGCGGCCGCACACGUUCCGACCCGCGUACCGCAAGGUGCAAUUAGACACGUCGGGCCAGGGAUCGCAAUCCGAAUCCGAGUACGACGGCGUGUCGUUCGUCCGAAACGGUUUCAAAUACUACCUGCCGCGGCACUACCACGAGGAACAGUCGGACGACUCGGGUGACACGCGUGCCGGCAGUUUUGGAUACGUGGACCCGUUCGGCAUCAGGCGCGUGGUCUAUUACAACACGGCCCCCGGCACUGGUUUCGUGCACCGCAAAAACAACCGGUACGUAGGCUUGAACGCCGAACCGUACGACCCGCGUCCGGGCAACUAAGUCGCCGCAGCCCGGACCCGCGAGUCGGAUACGAUGGGUACCGCUGACCCGUCCCGUACCGCCUACAUCGGGGAAAACGUACGCACAGGCCAUAACAAUAACGCAGUUCGUUAAAAUGACCACUCCCGCGGUCCGCAGUGUAGUUAAUUUUUUUUUUUUUAACGAUUUCGCUAUACGAAUUUCUUACAUUUUUUUUCCCCCGCCUAAUUAUAGUUUUUUUUUUUUAUCUCGGACUUGCGACGCGUAGGAUUAUAAGUCUCGUUAGUAUAGUAACCAUAUGGAUAAAAAAAAAAAAACCUUAAUAUUAAAUUAUACUCGUGGAGAUUGAUAUUGGGUGUACGUUACGACUGGAGACUUGUCGCGCGCGAAUCGUGUAAUUUUUCAAAACGUCGCCAUAAUAACUAUAAAUAACCGCAUUACGUUGCCUCCGUCAUACCGUCGUAGAACACCAACGCAAGUUUAAUCAGUCAAUUAUUUUAUUCAUACCUCUGCAGCAUAAUAUAGAGACCCGUAAAUUAACUGUAUAGUGGUCCGAGUCUAUUGGUUUUGUUAAAUUCGUCAGACGACAGACAAACUAAACGAUACGUCUGCAUGGAAGAAAAAAAAGAAAUAAUAUUUUUCGCUCAGCGGAAGUCUGAUUUUGUUCGUUAAGGGCAAAGGGUGUAAAAAUCGCAGAACACUAUAAAGUGUUUUAAAAAGUCACUAUAUAACAAUAUGCUCGACCGCGUUAACGUAAUUGAAUAGAAACGAAGACAUCGCUACGGACAAAAUAUUAAAUGAUUGCCAUCUCGGACUUUUACGGUUCGUCCAGCAACCCGCGUCGUUCAAGUCUCUGCUUAUAACUACACCAAUAUUAAUCUCGUCAAUGUGUACAGCUAGUCAAAUUAAAUACUUACUUUAAUAAUAUAUUAUUUUAUCUUUAUUUUAUUUAUUAUAAUAUUAUAUUACAUUAACGAGUAUAAUAAUGCGAUAAUAUUAAUAUCUAUCUAACAUAGGAGCGAACAGUUCGAACUUUUCAGAGGGGUUUAAGCCCCCAUAAACUUGAUUAACAUUUAUUAUGUAUAUUCCUACUUUAUAUUUACUUGAUAAUGACUUGAUUUAGGAGGCGGGGCUAAUUCGAGUUAUGGGGAGACAACUUCCUCAAACCCUCCCCCCUAUCAGCGCCAAUGCUACCUAUAAUAUUAUAUUUUAGACGGUGAUGUAAUUGAAUUGGCUCCCAAACACGGAUAGUCGAUAGUUUUACCUAUUGAAGACUUGGUUCCCAAGAUGCUUUAUUGAAUAUAUAGACCCCCUCGAUUACAAAAAUUGUUCAAAAUGAUAAUUUAAUUAUGCACCAAAAAUAAUUGAUAAAAAUGUAGAUUAGAUAUAUGAAAGAAAAAAAAACCAAUUGCUAACAUUUGGAUAAUUUAUUGAAAUCUAGAUAUUUGGUUCAGCGUCACAGUUCUAAAAGGUUUAUUGUUUUUUUUUCAAAUCCCAUAAACAAAAAAAAAAAAAAAUUUGACAUCGAAUUGUACAUAGUCGAAGUAGACUAAUUGAAUAAUUAAAUCAUCGUGUCAAUUAAUAAAACACAAAUGUCCCACACAUUUUCAACUUUCAUUUGAAACGAUUUGUUUUGAAAUCCACUUAAAAAUGUUAUUGGAAGUGGAUUCAACAUUAUUCUCGGGAGCCGACCGAUUCAAUGGUCGACGGGAGUGAUUUGCCUAAUAUUGGGAGCCAAUUCGACGGUGGUCAUUUUAGAUUAUCUGUUUGACGUAGACGCCACGACCGUUUUCUGCAGUACACACAAACACAAAGGGUCUGAGGGCAAAGAACAGAAAUAAUCGUACAUUUUGAAUUUCGAGAAAAUUACAUUUCUUAAAUCGGAUUCACUGGACGUUAUUUUCCGUUGCCCGACCAACUCGUAAUGCGCUAAACAAACGAACAAUUGACUGUAGGCAACGCCGGAAGGACAAUAUAUCGGCCAGCCGAGUUUUAGGAUUUCACAAAACUAUACGAAAUGGAUAGGAUCGGUAUAAAUUCAAUUAAAAACAAGUAUGAUAUUUGGCGCGGCCCAUCGAGAUUUUCUUGAUUGACUCGUCGGUUCAAUCCGGACCCGAAGUCUGUAUAGGUACUUUGUGUUUCAAUUGUUCUUUCCCCGGACCCGUACGGUGUUAGUCUAUUCAUUCGUGGGUCGGCGCGUUUCGGUUCGAUUUUUACCGUCCGCAAUUUUACGAUAACAUUAUCAUUAUGACGACGAUGAUGAUGAUUAUGACACGUCGCUCAAAAUCGUUCCCGUUCGGUCUGAUAAGUGCGGCGGGACUUGAAACAAUAGAAUCGCCUAUAUACGACGAUGUAAUGUCGAAACCAGCGAACACAUAAUAAUAAUGAUAAUAAUAUAGGUAUACGCGCGAAUCUCGCUGUAUAUAUUAUAAUUAUAUAUCCGUGUGGAUUGCGCAACUGUAGCGGACAGGUGAUUAUUUUGGCCAUUGUGCAUACGCGUUUUAUAUAGUUGCAUAUUAUUUUAAUAUACCUAUACCUGUACCUAUGCCGCGGUAGGCCAAUCAAAAUAUCUAUAUCUAUACAUCUAUCUCUAUAUAUAUAGGUACUUCAUUGUCCUCAAUCGGUAAAAAAAAAAAACGUUUGCCAUAUAUAUAAUAAUAAUAUAAAUUAUAAUGAACAUUUUAUAUAAAUAUAGUAUACGAAUAUAAUUUAGAAAUUUUUAUAAAAAAAAAAAAAAAACAAAAACAAAACCGUGCCACGCAAGCGUGCUCGAUAAUACGGAUACGGCGUCAUCGUCGUGUAUUACAGGGUUGGCUCCAGGGAGGCUAAGGACCGUGGCACCCCAAGCUCGUAUUUUUGUUAAAAACAAUUGUACAAAAAAAAAAAACAUAAAUUAUAUACUAUUGCAGACACGUACAAGUGUGUAGUUAGAGUUAUCUACCUACAAUCUAUGUACUACAAAGUAUAAAUAAACUUAUGAAAUAUGUUUUCAAUCCAGGUUUCUGAAAAAUAUGACUCGCCCCCCCCAAUUAAGUCUCUGGAGCCAUCCCUGGUAUAUUAGGUAUAUUAUAUAAUUAUUGAGCGAAUAGUUAUUUAUUUUAUAUAUACGUUUAAUAAUUUAUAUAAUUAAUUAAUAAUAAUAUUAAUUUAUACUAAUACCAGCUAUGUACAAUAAUAUUAUUAACUAAUAAUAUAUGAACAUUAUUUUGUGAAUUGUGAGUU